UUGUUUAAGUUUAAUAAAGUUUAUUUGGUUAUGUCUAUAGGUAGGUAGAGAUCUAAUAAAGUUAUAGUUAUUGUUUUUAGUUAGGUAUAAUGUUAGGUAAUAGUUUGUAAAUAUACCUAGUAUAAGUUGUUUAUUAAUAAAUAAACUAUGAGGCUUGUUAGGCGCGAUAAUAGAUAGUAGAUAGUACCAAUGAGGGCGCUUAUGGUGCAAAGCGCUCUGAUUGGUCGACGCAUUUCUUGCCCCGCCUCCCACCGCCCGCGCGGCGGAGAGCGCAUUUAAAUAUAGGCGGUCCGGGCCGCCUCGAUCAUUCCGCUCGCAGCCUCCAAGAAGCAAAGAAGCCUCCAAAUAAUAGAAGAAAAAAGCCUUCUCAUUUCAAGCACCUCCUGCCCAACAAUAAGAAGAAUCCCUGCUUGCUCUUCGAUCAGCUUCACAAACGAUUUUCACAAACGAUUUUCGCAAACGAUUUCUACAAACGAUUUUAAUGUGACGUGCUGUAUCGAAGGGGUGCGUCACAUUUUCUGGUCCAUUCGAGCGCCGGAUUGAAGAUCAAGCAUGGUGAACACAAGAAGCGCCUCCAAGUCAGCCUCGGUAGCCGGUGCCACGGACAGCACCGGUACUGAGGCCACCGCGACGACGGCAACCACGAGCAGCGGGGAUACCUACACGUCGACGGGAGCAUCCACGGACACAUCGAACGAAGCAUCAAGCACUGCGGCCGCCUCAGAAGUCACGGCGCCCGUCUCCGCUACAGCCCGUGUCCCUGCCCCCGCGCCCCCCGCGCCUACCCCUGCGACGCCGAAGCCCGUCAAGCCGCACACGCCACGUCGCGCAUGUUCAAAUGCGUCUUCAAAGGGUCGCCGCCGGGAGUUGCUGAAGGCCAAGGAAGAGCUUCUGAAGAAACAAAUGGAGUUAGCCGCCGUACGGGUGGCCAUGCUGGAAGAAGAAACGGACGAUGAAGAAGAAGAAGACGACACCUCCACCAUAAGGGGUGUCCGCAUGUCCGAGUGGGUACAACAAAGUACUCUCGCGCUGACCAUGCAACCACAUCACGCCGUGCCGAGAGAAGACGCCGGAGCGACAGCGGGCCUCCCACGCCGGACAUCGAAGCCAGUCCACCGGGAGCCGCACUGGAGAACGCCGCGCCGCCGUCUGCACGUCGUGAGCCGUGUCCCAUGGGUGCCGACGAGCCGAGAGUACAGCUGCCACCGAACCCGUACACGUCAGAGCCGCACGUGUACGAGCCGUCGCGUCCGGUGCAGCAUCGCUACGACCCACGACCGAGCGCCUUCGACUACAAGGAGCUAGCCGAAGCCAUCGCCCUCGCUGCACGUGCGCUGCCGUCGCCGCCUCAACAUGUCGCCGCGCCGCGCCAUGUCAACGAGCUACCAACGUUCAG